AUGGAGGAGCAGAGUGCGGCCAUGACCAACAGGUCCCUUCGCACAAUACGCAAUGAACUUGAAUUUCUUUCCGAUUCGGCCGUCAUCACCUCCAAUCAACUUUCUACCCUUCUCUCACAAUUGCCCGCCCAAAAAUCGCUCCAUGCUCCUCUACCAAGCCCGCAACCUACAUUCACUCCUGCUCAUACGACUCCCUUAUCACCACCGGUCACCGAAAUGACAACCGCAUCCUUGAACGAAAAGCAAGGCAGCUUUUACGCUCCAACACCUCAGUCCGCCCUCCCACCCCCAGCAUAUGCCUCCUCUCCAGCUCCUUCCGCCCUUGCCACAGCCUCUGCUCUGUACGAAUAUCACCCAUCAGAUGCUGGCGACCUCGCUAUCCUGCCCAACGACCGCAUCCUUAUUACCGAAUUCAUGAAUGCCGACUGGGCAAAGGGACGAAACGAGCGCACCGGAAUGGAAGGCAUAUUCCCUCGAAGUUACGUUGCUAUCAUCGAUGAGAAGGGUGCUAUGGGACGCUACCAACCCCCUCUGCCCCCUAUGCAAUCUAACUAUGGUAACAUGCCAGUGGAUGUCAGUCAGAGUGGGAGCAGCUCGGCGCCUGGAAAGGAGAGCAAGCUCAACGCAAAUGGGAAGAAAUUCGGGAAGAAAAUGGGCAAUGCUGCUAUCUUCGGUGCUGGGGCUACGAUCGGAUCGAACAUUGUCAAUGGGAUUUUCUGA